CAAUACAACCGUAGUGCGCAUCAUCAUUAUCAUCAUCAGGCAGUAGCAGCAUCCGAGUGUAGCUCGUUGCGGCUUCUUCUUCUUCUGUUUUUAUUUUUCCUGUGGAUCGGAUCAACGAAAAUUUGUUUUCAUGAUAUCUGCUUGGAUAAAUCCCUAUAAUGAGAAGUGUGGAACUUUGAAAGUUCCCGACUCCUACAACGCACGGAUCAUGGAUGGCUAUCACGUACAGACUCAGGACGGCAGCAGCAACAACAAAACCACCUACUCUUAUCACCAUCAUCAGCAACAACAGCAGCAGUCCCAGCAGCAGCAUCACCAUCACCAACACCACCACCACCAGCAGCAGCAAAAGUACAAUCACAAUAAUCACUUGCACCAACACCACCACAACUCCAAUGGCAACGGCUACACGUCAGUGAACUACGCCUCUUCAGACGCAGGAUUCGUAUCGCCUCCGCCUUCGCCGCGGUCCAACAGCUCGCUGGCUUCCUGUUCGUCUUCAUCGUACUCGUCAGCUUCCUCGUCUUCGGCCGUUUCUUCGGCAGCGUCCACAUCGUCCGGACUCUCAUCAGCCGGAUCCGAGAAUGGAUCGUCGUACGAAAAUCUGGACAAUUCGGCGCAACGGCUUGCGGUCCUAUCAUUCGAGCAGGUCAACAAGCUUAACGAGGUCAUGAACGAACCCGUAGCCAUCCACGGCCGUGGAAAUUUUCCGACCCUGGAGGUCAAACUGACAGAUCUGGUCAAUAUCGUGCGGGAGAAACUGGAGGCCGACAUUGGAUCCGGAGGAGCCGGAAUGAUUGUGAAGGAUAUCCGCCUGAACGGAGGCGCCGCUAGUCACGUGCUGGCUUCGGAAGCACAGCCAUACAAUGAUCUGGACUUGAUCUUCGCUGUGGAGUUUAGCUCAAACCGACACUUUGACCGUGUCAAGUCAGCCGUUUUGUCAUCGCUGUUGGACCUGUUACCGGAGGGUGUGGUCAGGCGGAGGAUAACGCAGUGUUCGCUCAAGGAAGCCUACGUCGGCAAAAUGGUGAAGGUGAACAACAACAACGAUGGUGAUCGCUGGAGUCUGAUCUCGCUGGGCAACUCGCCAGGGCACAAGAACGUCGAGCUGAAGUUUGUCGAUACGAUGCGUCGACAGUUCGAGUUUAGCGUCGAUUCGUUCCAGAUUGUGCUGGACUCGCUGCUGCUGUUCUACGACUGUACUGAGAAGCCCAUGAUCACGGAGAAUUUCUAUCCGACCGUCGUUGGAGAGUCGGUGUACGGCGAUUUCCAGGAAGCUCUAUACCACUUGCAGAAGAAGCUGAUAUCGACGAGGCAACCGGAGGAAAUCCGGGGAGGAGGACUGCUCAAGUAUUGUAACUUGCUGGUGAGAAACUAUAUUCCAGUUGAUCCACAGAAGAUCAAGUCGCUGGAGCGUUACAUGUGCUCACGGUUCUUUAUCGACUUUCCGGACAUUGAUCAGCAGAAGAUCAAGCUGGAGAGCUAUCUGAGGAACCACUUUUGGGGUGAGGUGGAAGAACAGCUACAGUACCAGUACCUGAUGCAUUUAUAUGAUGUUGUCGAACAGAGCACAGUCUGUCUAAUGGGUCACGAGCGCCGCCAGACGCUGAUGUUGAUCGAAUCGUUGGCCAUGCAGGUAUACUACCGUGACCACCCUCAAAAUCCACAGGCAACCAUCAUUACAACCACAAGUACAGUACCGCAGCACACCACAAUGUCGCUGCAGCCACUCCAGACUCAACUCUCACAGCUGAGCUUACAGCCCCAACAACUCUCACCAGUUCAUCAGACUGUCAUCCACCACCAGCAUGCGCAGGGUGUGCCACAGACGCAAGCCCUACAGCUCCAGCAUCCGCAGGCCAUCAUUCAACAGCAGUCUCCUCAGCCUGGACAAGCUCAAGCUCAGCAGCAGACCAUCUCGCUUGCUCCACAACCAGCCGGUCUACUCUACGCCAACGGAAUCUACUACGCUCCAGUCAUCCCGACGACGCUCUGCACGUGCAACGCCACGUGGCUAACGACGUGAUCGAGACCUGCGGAGUCAUCCGAUAUCAGCAUCAACAGUAGCAGCAGCAGCAACAUCAACUGUACUAAUCCGGUGACACCACUGCUAGUGGGAUCAAUCAUCAGUGUCACCACUACACCGAUCGUGGCCACGUUCGAAGCGCAGACGCACGCUCCGUCUUCGUCCAUCUACUGCACCAGUACUAGUGGCAGCAGCAGCACCAUCAACGGCAACAACCACAACGUUUACAAUGCAGACAACAGCAGCAACAACAAUCGUUACUUUACUAAUAUUUUAGUGUCGGAUAGAUGAUUACUAGAACAGUAAGCAUGAUACACACACACAAAGACGUUUUCCUCUCCAAAACAUGUAACAACCACACGACAACAGAAAAUUUGC